GCUGAACUGGUGCCAACUUAACAUUGGAUUGUUGCUCAUCUGUUUGGGAUAUUUGGUAGUUUCUGCAGUACUUGGUAACAAUGUCAACUGCUCUGUACAAGUGGAUAGUGUUAGUGUUCGUGCUCUUGUCAGUGUCUGUGUCUGUGUCAGUAAUAGUGGCAAGUAGGUCCCCAGGCUGGCAAGCUAUUCCAAACGGCUAUUUUCAUUCUGCCCAUGCUGUUCUUUAGUAGUGUUUUGUCUUGCCCCCAAUCCUAUUGUUGUCAUGUGCUAUCUUAUUCUCUUUAUUUUAAGGUCAUGUGUGAACUGUGAGCUACUAACUGCAAAUCUGUCGGGUGAAGAUGGCGUUGGUCAUGCUACCGUGCGACAUGCCCUGGUGGCCCAUGCUUCAACGUCACCUUAAGCAUCUGACUACCCCAGAUUGUGACCAUGUUUCUGCUUUACAAAGUAUCCAUAAUCUUUGCAAUGUGGGACUGGACCCAGAUGAACGAGACAGUCCAGAUCUCACAGUUUUCACGGUGCUGGAGACAUUUUUGGCGGAGGUAAGCGAGACUGAGCGCAGCCACAUCCUGAACAGCACUCUGCCUGCCAUGGCUCGACGUGCACUCAACCUGCGCUCACUACGUCCUCCUAGUGGUCUUCACUUCAGUCUGCAGCAACAACAGGAUCGUGUUGAGCUGGAUAGGGAUUUUGUUGCUUCUCUCCUCGCUCAUCUUUUCUUCUCCACCUUUCCUAAGCGGACAUUAAAAACACACCCAACAUUGCAAGACUUCAACUUCAGCAAUUUCUUCAAACACCUGGACCAAAACUACCAGAAGGCCAAACUGAGGAGUUUUUUCCACUAUUUUGAUCUCUUAGAGGGUAAUGGUGUACCUUCUUCAAAAAUAAUAUUUUCAAGGCAGGUGAUGACGGGCAAGGAAUGGUUGACUAUUGAGGACUGGCUUGAAUGUGGGUUGCCGUUGUGUCCUCUCAUUAUCCGACAUGAGGGAAGACUGGACCGGGCCACCAGUGAUCAUCUUGUCGUCUGCUUCAGCAGCUCCAGGAUUGGAGGCCAGGUCCUGGGUGGUGGCAGUUCCUGGGAAUGUCUCCAGUUGUGCCUUUGUCCUGAAGUGCUGUCAGCUCUGUUGUUCUGUGAAGCUCUUGAAGACAAUGAGGUGGUCUCGUUAGAUUCAGUCAUCCAGGUGGCCAGAGUCAAUGAUCCCAGGUACAAGGCUGUACUGGAGCCAUUGGACACACCUGUUACGUUAAGUGUUAUUUUGAUGGAUGCGGAAAACUAUACUAAGCUUCCGCUGAGUCAAUAUGAAGAGGACAACUUCCUGAGGGAGUUAAAUAAGUCUCUGUUGGGAUUCCGGCAGCGGAUCUUGCUCCCACCCCCUCCCGCCACUCGCAGGCUAUCUCCCAUCGGAGAGUCCUUCAGCUCUACUCCUCCAGAGGCUGAGGAGACCGUCACCGCUAAGCCUCUCCAACAACCGCAGUCUCUAACAUCUGUCCAGAAACCAAGAUAUGAUGUGCCACUUCAAUCACUGCCCAACAUCAAUUCCCGUCGUAGGUUCAUCCUCCUUGGCUCGUCAGGGGAAUGUUUGCCUAUUUCUCGCAAUCCUGCUAGCCGCUACUCCUCUUGCCAUUCCUCUGAUGAAGGGGAGUUCUUUUCUGCCCGGACCAGCAUCAGUGAAACUCUGGAGGAGGAGGAGGAAGAAGAGGGAGAGGAGAAACCAGCGAGGAAUUACAGUGAGCAGUUGGACACGCCGGAACGACGCUGUACCUUCGCUCAGAGGCUGAGAGAGGCACUGGAUAGAGCCCAGUCCAGUGAGAGUUCAGAGUCCAGCUAUGCUGUGGGCAUCAGCAUCACUGGGUCAAGCACUGCUGACAACGAUAUCAGGAUGAGACGAGGUGGCUCUCGUGGGUUUAUGUUGGAGGAGGAAUCGGUGGAUGAUCGAGGCCGCACAAGACAUAGAGAACCCAGAGAGUACAGUCGACCAUUCAAAAGAGGAAACUCAUCUCGAUACAGCUUCAGCACAGAAUACAGCUCUGACCUGGAGGGGGUGUAUGAGCAGCUUGGACGGUGGCUGGAUGAAGCAGGUGACAGCAUUGAUGGCGAGGCAGACAGGCAGCGACUGCGGGACAUGGCGGUAGUGCAGUUCGCCGGCAGUCUGCUCAAGCGGACACUGAGCGAGUCAUUCGUAGGUGUGCCACUGGAUUCCAACGAGCAUGCGGACAGUAGUGAUGCUGAAAGGAAACACAGUGUCAAGUUGGCCAUGGCUGCACGCAGCCUUAGUCUGGAACUAGCUCGCCACAAACACAAACUUGCCGCUCAGCUGAUGUCGGUGGUGGGACAGAAGCGUGAGUGUGAACGCAGUCUGCUGCCUGUGGCCACUGGCAACUGGGGUUGUGGCAGCAGUAAUCUGGGGGAGCCUCAGCUCAAGUUGUUGAUUCAGUGGCUCACAGCCAGUGUAGCUGGUGUACCUCAUCUUCUCUAUUUCACCUGCUGCCACUACAAACUCCUCAAGCUUGACACUGUGUGCCGAGUGCUGCUGGACCGACAGUGGAGUGUGGGGGAGCUGACUGGGGCAGUAUUACGGUUCCUGCAAGCUACUCUUGACAACCCAAACCCCACAGACAACUCCACGCUUUUCGAAUUCCUCAUAGGUGCCGAGGAGAAGCCGAUCUCCACUAACGUUGAAUAGCCAGUGCCUCUGUGAAUUAUAUUAUAUCUAAUGCAGCAGUUUUGAUAUGUUUGUCUAUGUAACAUAUUGCAACCAUUAUGGAUAAACUUUUUUAGCUAAUACUGGUUGAAUAUUAAGUUGUUAUUCUGUUUUAUUUGAAAACCAAUUUUGAGGCAUUGGCUUUGGAUGUGUUUUGACAAAGCAUUUUGGUGUAAAUUCAACUGGUGCUUUUAUUAGUAUAGAAUUACUAUAGUAACUUUUUUAUACAUCAGUUAAUAAGCUCAUUUCUGUUUAAUUAAAGAUGUAAUGUAAUAUUUUAUUAAACAUUUGAGGAAGGUAAGUAAACAACUAAAUGUUGUUGGUUACUGUGCUUGCCUUUUACUAAAAAAAGAUAUUCAUUUUUAAUAAUCAGUGUAACAAAUUUUAAUUGUUUUAAUGUUUGAAAUUUUUUUAAAUGGAAACUAUUUAAAAUAUAUUUAUUACACCUUUACCACCUGAGUAGUCAGUCGUGUUGUAUCAUUCUUCAAGUCAAUCAAACGUAUUGCAAUUCAGAUGGCCACCUACUUGGAAUAAAGGGCUAUAACAAUAAAUGUCUUUGUCAUUACUAUAUUAUAUAUUUGCUAAAAGUUUUACAUAUCAGAAAAAAAUUACACUCAUUAUUUUACUAUAACGAUUAAAAUGUUAUCAUUGCAUUACUGUCUUGUACAAACUAAGCCAUUAUAAAUUUUAAUGAAGUAAAUCAAUCUGUUUCAAAUUUUAUUUUAUUUAUCAACAAACGAUAUACAAUACCAAAAGUUUAUGUAGUUAUUCAGAACUUACAAGUACAUGAAACAAUUGCGAUUGAACAUACUUAUUCUCCUUUUGUUCUCUGAAUAAAUAAAGUAUAUUAUAUUUUAGGAAAAAAUUGAAAUAUUUUAAUUGUUAAAUUGUAUUAUAUUUCUUUUUUUAUAUUUAAAAGUUAAACCCUUUUUAUAAAUAUUUCAAAUAUGCUUCCAUUACCAAAAAUUGCCUGCUAGAGGGUUAAAUGUGUUAUUAAAGAGUAAAAAGGUACCAUACACUAGACCACAAGUUUUUGUAGUUUUUAAUGAUGGAAGUAUAUCACAGCAUGAAGAAGCAUUGUACUUAAAUACAACAAAGUAAAUAAACAAAUAUAAUUUCUUAAUGAAAGCAAUUUCAUUGUAAUAUCAGGCUUUAUAAACAUCCCUAUCUUAAUCUAUCUUCAAUCUUAAUAUAUCUCUGAAUCACAACAAACCCUCUUAUAUAACGUUUUAGAUAUCAUGGCUGGACAUACUUUUACAGUUUACAUUCAAUCCCAUUUCAGAAACCUCAAUUCCUUUACAUUUCAUGUUAUACUGAAGCUGAAGUAAGACUUUGUAUCUGAAACUUUCACUGCCAACUUAAACUGUAAAAUUGUUGUGAUUGCACAUCUUAUGUUUCCCUAAUAAACAGUUGCAGUGGCAUAUCCACUACCUUGGUUUUCGGUCCAAAGCCAUCAUCUCAUAUAAUAAAGGUUUAGUUUGAGCCCUUCUUUUUUGUGUUUAAAAUGUGUGUAAAAUGUGUUUAUAAAAUGUGAACCAGCAUUUAGAGAAGAGGUUGAAUAAGUUAUACAAACGUGACUUCUAUUUGUUCAAUAUGUUUUCUUUAUUUAACUUCAGUCCAUAUCUAUUUUGGCAGUCUCAGUACUAUAAACUAUAAAUUAUCAUGUUUAAUUUUGUUAUUUUUAUGUACAUAAACUUGAAUAAAAGUCAGUUCUCUAUUGAAAAAUCGCAAAUCGGGUUCAUGGAGGUCUCACAAAAAUCCCUGUACUUAAAUAUAAGAUAUAUUUGCCAAGCAAGAUUUAAAGAACUUAAGUUAAUGUAAAGUCUUUCUCUGCAGAUCUAUUAAUGUGCUCAUUAAAGUGUUUAUAAUAAAAAAAGGAGUUCUGAUUAAGGAAUUAAAUUACAAUUACGAUUUACUCUGAUACAAGUAGGCUAUACUACAACCUGAAGUAUGCUAUGGGCUGCUAUACAGCUCACACAUUACAGCUGCGCCCAGUCAAUGAACCAUUUGCAACAAGUAUAAGGGAUAUUUUUGUCUGGUCGUAGUGUUCUGUAUAAGUAAUCAAUUCAAAAGGGUUAUUUCUAAAUUGAUAUGUAUUUCUAGUUUUUAUCAUUGGCAAUGCCUAAUAUUUAAGUUAUUGGCACCGUAACCAUUCUCGGAAGAUUUUAUUAUUUCCUCUGUCUGUUUGGAAAACCCAGUCUCCCUGGACCCUUCCCCUAAAUAUGCCGCUGAACUGUAAGAUCCUACAUUCUUAUUACUUACCAAUUACUGUUACAGUGGAAUACUACUUAUAGUUUAAAAUAUAGUGUGAAAAACAAUGCCUGUACUAUAUAGUUGGUUUUAAUUCAGAAUAAUUUUAGAACUAUGUAUGCCAGUUGUCUUUAAAGAAGCAUAUCUACAAAAUGUGUCUAAAACCACAGAUUAAGUAAUUAUUUAUUACUCAAAAUCGGUAAUAAAUCCAGAUAUAUUAAAAAAAUAAGAACAUGUCUUUAUUUGAACUGUAACAUAUCUGAGCUAAUUAAUUAUGUAAGUUUUGUAGAUUUUACUGGUCAUUCAAAUUAUUACUGUAUUAAAAUAAAUAUAAAUGAAAUAUGUAAUAAUAUAAAUAUGUAAUAUAUAUAAAUAUUAAAAUUAAAUAACAGGAAUAUUGAUUUUUUAUAUGUAGUUAUCAAGAUUUUCAUCUAGUUACCUCACACUAAUUUUAAAAUAAAUUUCUACUACAGGUGGUAGAUUGUGUAGAAGAUAUACUAUAUUAUAGUGAACCAUGCUCUAGAGAAAGCAAGCUUGUUUAGAGUUAAAUGAAGUGUUCUGAUAUGCUUUUGUUAUACUUUAAUACUUGUACUUAUAAUGUGACAAAAAUAGGCCUAAUGUAAGUGUAUUAUGACAGUUGUAAUUUUGUACAGAUGUUUUUAAAAGUGCAUCAAUCAAGGCCUUGGAAAUGCAUCACUGAUAGUUGUUGUGAGGUUUAGGAACAUCAACUAGACGUGUUGUGCGCUGAAGGCUACAAAGACAAUAAGUUACGAUCUCAGCACAUGUUAUAGCAGCUGUUGUUAGUAUUUUAGUGACUUUUUGGGAUUUAAAAUAUAUCUUGUAAUUUUGUGCAGCUAAAAGAAAUUAGCUCUAUACUUUGCCCAGUUGUGUAUUUUUUGGUAUUCUAGUUUUAACUAAAGUAGUUUACUUAUUUAGGAUCAAUAUAUGUAUAAUACAGUGGAACUUUAAUAAAAGAAAUUUGUCUAUGGCACAAAUUCACUGUAAAUUUCUCAUAAUAUUAUGUGUAAAUAUUCAAACUGUAUUUCAACAUUUACUUUGUGCAUCCCAAAGUAAAAUAAGGAUUUUUUAUUAGGCAUGGUUAAGCUUCACUGUUUUUAGUUCCGAUUCUGGUUUUUCAGUUUUCAGUCUUAUUCUCAGUUUUGUAUUGGAACUAAAAAUCAAUAACUUUGUCAUAAACAUGUGCUCUAUAAUCUGUUAAUUGCUAAUUCCCAUUUCUUACUCUUAGUUUUAUAUUGUAUAGAUACCAAUUUGAAUAUUUUCUUUCUUGACAAUAUGUGUAAUCUUAAUGAUGACAAAUAAAGAUUAUUCUGAUUUUGAUUUGUUUUGGGUGAUUUAAAUAAUGUAAAGUUGAGGAAUAAUAAAUUUUUAUGCUAAUUUAAACUUAAGUAUUACUGCAGAUCUUUAAUAAGUAAUUAGCUUGAUUAAGAUGCAAUAGAAACCAAUUUUUAAUAAUACUAACGAUUUUUUAUUUUUUAUUUACUUUCCUUAUAAGAAACAAUUAAUGCAACUCCAAAUUAUGUACUACCUACUGAGGGAGUAGUUGAAUCAUUAAAAUAGCCUAUAAAUAAAAAAAAUUGCCAUGUCUAGUGGGACAGUGAUCAUCACGAGAUAACUAGGUAGUAACAAAUGUGGCUCCUCCUUUGAUGUCGACUGCUAAAUGUCUCUGCUUUUGCAAUGAAGCUUUUUAUCUGGCCACUGUUGGUGCUUCAAUGGUCAUCACAAGUUAACUGAGUAAAUAACAAAUGUGGCUGCUCUUUCAGUGUUGAAAUGAAAUGAAAUCUUUAUUAGCUCAAAAGAACGUGUUACAAUGUUAUAAGGCUCGUCAAAUAGAUAUGAAACCUAAAUACUGAUUAAUUUAAUCUUACAAUUAAGUUAUACUACUUUUUUUUAAUAAUUUUAAGUAUGGCACAUCAUGGAGUCAAUAUGUACACUAUUUUGAUGUUCCUGGUGAAUCUGGUUUAAAAUAUGUAUUUCCGUGGUUUAUCAAACUAUGAUCAAACUCUGUUUUUUAGUAUUUUCAAAUCUGUAAAAUUAAGAUAUUUGUCAGUAAAAAACACUUACUUUUUGUUUAAAAAAAAAUCAUUAUGUUUAUGUGAUUAGAAAUUAUAGAAGCUGUAACCCAUUUAAUAUAAUUUACUGCUGUUAGUAUUAGUAUACAUGAGAAUCAAGAAGUGGAGACUGUCCAUCUCUGCUUUGUAUCUCAAAUCUGUUCAUUUUACAACUCUUAUACUAAAAAAUAAACCUUUAUAAGGUGAAGUAAGCAAACAAAAUUGAACUGAUCUAGAAAACUUCCAUGUUUCCUUGUAGUGUACAAAGGAGUAAAUUUGGGUGUGAACCCUAUAUUGUAAAUCUCAGAGAUAUGAACUUGUUAAUUCCUCUUCAACUUCAUCUUGCCAAGGUUCCACUGUAUUUACUAUCACAAUCAAAGUCAUAUGAAUUCAAGUUAUUGAUCAAACUGUUUGUCAUUAGUUCAGUAAUUAAUUUAGCACCAAAAUUUUAGUCAAUAAAUUUAAAUAUUUCAUUUGUAAAAAUUAAGGGACAACUUUAUUUUAAUAACAAAAAUUAAUUGUUAAAUUUUAUUACCAUAAAAAUAUAUUAUUAUUUUUAUAGGUUUGCUAAUUUUGAAAAGGUACUUGGAUCAAAAUAUUAACGUAUUAUAAACUUAAUAAUAAAUCGUUGAUCUUAGACUUGUAGACCUAGCCGUAUUCAUUGUUACUGUGAUGACACAAUAUACUGUUUCUAACCAUGAUGUGAAGACUUGUUUCAAAUACAGGGUCACUUAAGAAAAAAACUAUCUAUUUUUCGAUUUAUAAAUAGUUGAAUAAGUAAAUCUGGGGAAAUAAUAUCAAUGAUAUAGGAUAACAGCACUGUAUCCUUUAACUAAUUAUCCUUUAGACCAUAAGCUAAGUAAGUAAUUAACUCCUGUCUGUAGUUUUCAGUGAUUCAAAAAUAAUUGCGGUUGUAUUUUACCACUAUUUCUAUUAAUAAUAAACUCCUGAACUUAACCAUGUCAACCACUUUUCAGAUUAGAUGAUCGUAUUCAUUUCCUUUAACGAUUUGUAUGUUAUAACAUUUUUAAAUGUAGCUGUUGAAGGUGCCUUGCCUACACUAUAGUCACAUCAUGGUUUGAACCCAAAGCCUCAUGUAUCAUAUGGCUUGUAGUUAGACUGAUAGGCUGUCAUAUUGACGCCAACCAUGUCUUCCACUCUCUCCUCCUACAAUCGUUAAGUUGUCAGAAAUACUUAUUGUGUUUAUUCUGAUGUAUAUUCAUUUAUACUGUUUAUCUAUUUUUAUAGUUUUGAUUUAUCGCCAUACAGAAUAGCUUUAUAAUAUUUGUCAUACUGUGUUCCAAAUUGUAUAAGGGAAAUAUGAAUGUUCCAUUUUAUCAGAACUUUCAUCAUUAAUAAUAUUUCAUUUUAUUAUUCUUCUUAAUUAUUUAAGAGUUGGCUAUUAUAGUGAAGCAACUGUGAGUUUUAUGGUUUAAAAACAAUAUUAAACCUCAAACGGUGUUAUGUCUUUAA